ACUGAAGGAUACAAUAAGCAAUAAAUAGAUAAGUACUGUAUAAAUUAGGUCAAAUAAUGGAAAAAACAAAAGUUUAAGCAUAAACAGAUUUUGAAUGUGUGCUACGAUCUUUUACAGCACAUCCUUAUUUUAUUCAUCUGUUUUAUAUGUAUAUAAUUUUUCUUCUUUUCUUUUUUUUUUUUAUGUUUUAAACACGUCCUUUGUCCGUUUACAGAGGUUUCCUUAAAGGCUUUCAAGUUCAUUCAUCGAUUCUCUAACUGUGAUGCAAACAAAAGGACUGAUUUAUAUCGAUUGAAAUAAACUUGUUUAGCAAAUCCAACUUGCGGCCUUUUGUCGAGAAAUCCACUAGCCACAUAACGAACUGAAAAUAAUACCAAGAAACACUCAGGUUUCCACUUUCGAUAGUACAUACCCCUAAGGCAAGCAGAUAUCAUUGGAAAAGGAGGUUCUUAUUAUACUAUACUAAUUAUAAACACUUUAUCUCUUGAUUUCGAAUUGAAAGUUGAGGAUCCUAGUUAAUUGCAAUACAAAUUCUGUUCCUGAACGAUUUUUUGGAGAAUUUACCAAUUUCUCAAGUGCGGAGUCGAAUUGGUAAAUUCUUACUCGUUUUUUUAUUUGUUAGAGAAAGAAAGCUUUGUUUACUCACUUCAAACAUUCGAGCAUGAUUGCCCUUUUGUUCUUCCUACUCGGAAUAGCUAUAUUGUUCCUUCUUUCCCUUUAUUUACACGAUGCCUAUCUAGCUGUCAAGUUUCAAAUGUAUGUGGAUCAGCAGAAAGAACAAAUGCGUUCUCAUUUAAACAAGCAAGCCGAUCCCAACUCAUUCUUCUUUGCUACAGAUUUAUCAAAGAACGUAGAAGAGAAUUGCCGAUUAGAUUAUCAGUAUCAAGUGGCGUAUUACUUGCGCACGGCAGCUGACACAAGUUUCGACAAGAAUACUGGUCGCUCUUCAAAGACAUUUGUCUUCCUUCAUGGUUUGGGCGGCCAAAUGGCUCAGUUUGAAGGGUUAAUCAAUCUAAUUCCGCCUGAAUAUACCGUGUUUUCACUGGAUUACUGUGGAUGCGGACUGUCAAAACGUGCCUUUAAUUCCCAUUUAGGACGAUCACCUCGUGAAUUGUCCACGGAGGGAUUGACUACAAUUGUUGAAAAAGUCAUUGAAAAGCAUAUUUUUCCUUCUGACUCCAUUGUACUUGUCGGGCAUUCCAUGGGUACGAGCAUUGCUGCUCGAUUAGCCAAAAGGUUGGGAAAAAAAUGUGAGGCUCUUGUUUUGCUUGCUCCUAAAAACUGUUUUAACAAAAGUGAACUUGAGUUAGUUCAAAGAAUCAAGAAAAUCCCUUCACCUAUUUUCAGUUUGUACCGACUUUUUGACCGUUUUCAGGGUCUCAAAAGUCCAUCGGUGAACCGAUGUUUCUCUAGUAAAGCUACUCAGGCUCAACGUGCACAACUUUGGAUAUGGAAUCGUGAAAGUGAUACUUAUGUAUGGAAGAUGAUGCUGAUGGGUAUUGAAAGCGUUCUCGCAUCUUCCUUUACUUUUCCUUCGGUACCUACUUUAAUUAUAACAGGCAAUGAGGACUCUCUCUCUCCUUCAUCAGAAAAGGAACUAUAUCAAGACAUCCAAGGAGACUUUUCUUUUCAAGUUGUUGAAGCAGGACAUUGUUUGCUAAUGGAAAAACCAUACGAGAUCUACCAGAAAAUCCAUAACUUUUUACGACUUUCUAGUUAGUUUACUAGAUAUGACAAACACAAAUUCGAGCUCUAUUGAAAUCGUACUUUAUGCUGAAAUGAACACAUAUUAAUCCAAAAUUAUGCCGUUUUGUCUUUUUUUUUAUUUCUAGUUUUUUAUAUAUAAUAAGAUUGGACAAAAAGAAUGGUCUUAUUUUUGUA